UUGGGAAUCAGUGAAGUGUGAAAAGCAAACAGUGCGUUGCACUUUACCAAUGCUGCAGGUACAUAUUUUGAGUGUAAAUAUCACUGUGUGUAAUCUCGUGGGUCAGAGGUCGUGAGGAGCACUCUACAGACCUGAAUGUUUUCAUUCACAUGACAGCACGAUCUCUAAAGUGUGUAUGUAGAGUUGUAUGCGUGGCAGUUCAUUCACUGUGAACUAUUUCUGACAUGUCGGAGAAAAUAUUAAAUAGUGCAGUACAGAGAGCCACCAAUGUGGCAUUCCAGAAACACCACGUCACCCGCGACAAGCGAGGGAAAGUGGUGGGAGCCAAAGGUGGGUUCCGCGGUUGUACCAUUUGGCUGACAGGCCUGUCAGGAGCUGGAAAGACCACCAUUUCCUUCGCCUUGGAAGAGUAUUUGGUCAGUCAGGGCUUUCCUGCUUACAGUUUGGAUGGAGACAACAUCCGUACCGGGCUUAAUAAGAACCUCGGCUUCACGCCAGAGGACCGUGAGGAAAAUAUCCGACGUAUCUCGGAGGUAGCCAAACUGUUUGCUGACGGUGGUAUUGUUUGUAUCACAGCCUUCAUCAGCCCCUUUAAGAAGGAUCGUGAACGCGCUCGAGAACUCCAUGAGGCAGCGGGUCUUAAAUUUGUGGAGUGUCAUGUAGACACACCGAUUGAAAUCUGUGAGAAACGAGACGUGAAGGGACUAUACAAGAAGGCGAGGGCAGGUGAAAUCAGAGGUUUUACUGGAGUGGAUCAGGUGUACGAGUCCCCAGACAACCCUGAAGUGUUACUGAAGGCAGGGAAGGACACCGUAGAAGAAUGUGUUCAGAACAUUGUGUCCCAUCUUGUGGACGUUGAAGUGGUACCACCAGGGGCUAUACACAAUGUACGGGAGUUGUUUGUCCCCGAGAAUCGUAUCGAAAUCACGAAGGUGGAGGCAGAUCAAUUACCAUCUCUCAGUAUCAAUAAGAUUGACUUGGAGUGGACCCAGGUUUUGUCUGAGGGUUGGGCCACGCCCCUUAGCGGGUUUAUGAGGGAGAGAGAGUAUCUGCAGUGUCAACACUUCGGAUGUCUGUUGGAUGGCGGAGUGACCAAUCAGUCUAUUCCGAUCGUGCUGCCGGUGUGUACAGAGGAUAAAGAGAGACUGGACGGGUGUGCUGCCUUCACUCUGAAAUACGAAGACAAGAGUAUCGCCAUUAUACGCAAACCCGAGUUUUAUCCCCAUAAUAAAGAGGAGCGCUGCUGUCGACAGUUUGGCACAAGUCACAGAGGUCAUCCAUAUGUUAAGAUGAUCUAUGAGAGUGGGGACUGGCUAGUAGGGGGAGACCUGUCUGUGAUAGAAAGAAUAAAAUGGAAUGAUGGCCUGGAUGAAUACAGACUUACCCCAAUGGAGCUCCGCAACAAGUUCAGAGAAUUAGGUGCUGAUGCAGUGUUUGCCUUCCAGCUACGCAAUCCUAUACACAAUGGUCAUGCCUUAUUGAUGGCAGAUACCAAACGCAGACUGUUAGAGAAAGGAUACAGCAAACCAGUAUUACUACUGCAUCCUCUAGGAGGGUGGACGAAGGAUGAUGAUGUGCCAUUACCUACACGUAUGAAACAACACAAGGCAAUCCUGGAUGAGAAAGUUCUAGACCCAGAUUCUACAGUGUUAGCCAUCUUUCCUUCUCCAAUGAUGUACGCAGGACCAACAGAGGUACAAUGGCAUGCUAAAGCUCGGAUGUCAACAGGGGCUAAUUUCUAUAUUGUGGGUCGUGACCCUGCUGGCAUGCCACAUCCGGAUGGCACACGAGACUUAUUCGACCACACACACGGAGCCAAGGUCUUGACCAUGGCGCCAGGACUGACACAGUUAGAAAUCGUACCCUUCAGAGUGGCAGCUUAUAACACAAAACUACGACAGAUGGAUUUCUACAACCCAGAGCGCAAGGAAGACUUCGACUUUAUAUCGGGAACACGUAUGAGAAAACUUGCCAGGGAAGGGCAGGAUCCUCCAGAUGGAUUCAUGGCUCCCAAGGCCUGGAAAGUCCUGUCAGAGUACUACCAGUCCCUCAAGCAGUAGCCAGAAGUAAAUUCAUCACAACAGGAAGUGACAUCUUCUCAGUCAUGAUCAGGAAGUGGUAGACCUCAUCAGCAGACAUUUUAAUAGAUACCUAUUUUUUGUUAAGUUUUUCAGAAGUGGACCAGUAUUAACUUUAUUUUAUAUGACAGUUUUUGGUAUAUAUUUUAACUAUAUGUUUAUAGGUAGGCAUUUUAUGUUUUACUUCAGGAGGGCCAUAUGUAUUUCUUCAUGUAAAUCUUAACAUAACAACUAUAUAUAUAUACAUAUAUACUAAUUACUUAAAGAACAGUUCAAUCUCCAUUUUUUUUUUUUUUUUUUUUUUUUUGCUGAAGAUUUUUAUGUUAUUUUAAUGGUUGUAAAUUGAGAACAUACAGAUCCGUUAUAUUUUUGUCUUUGUUUUAUAUGUUUAAGAUGUUUUUAUAGACAGGUAUGAAACUGCUGUAUUAACUAUCAACAUCGGGGAUGGUAGUAAAUUCUUUUAAUUUAUAAAAACCUAUUAUUUUGUUAUAAGUUGUUUUAUAGAGAGAUUGUGAUAUUUUGUGAUGUUUUCACUGGACUGUUUGACUUCACCUUUACCCAGUGGUUACCUGUUCAGACUACGAUCACUGCUGAUCACUCAUUUUACCUGCUCUGCUGCUGAGGUUGAUUGAUUUAGAUAAAUAUAUAAUAUAUUUGCAAGAUAGUUGUAUGUGCCAGCAUUUCUAAAAAUCAUGCAGAGGAUUUGGGUCGCAAAACCUGUAAGCCAUUACUGUUUCCUGUUAAAUCCUUUGUAAAAUACUCAAAGUGGCAGAUGAUACGUGAAAUUACUAUUAUAGUCUACUGACUCUUUCUCAUAUUUUUCACAAGACUAAGAGAGAGAAAAAUUACUCUCAAAUAAGAGGGAGGUAACCCAUGAAACUAGCCAUAUAAUGGAUUUUAGGACCACACUCAUUGGCAAACCAGCAGUAUAUACAAUAAGCAAUGCUGUGUUUAUGAUGUGUGUAUGAGAUCAGUUUGUUAAAAACUUGCAUGUUUUUAAGGUUGUUGUUUUUUUUCUAACCAAAUCACCUUCAUGAUUCUUAGUACUGGUGCUUGAACUGUGGUUAUGUGAUAAAAUGGGAUCAAUAAAGUACUUGAUUAAUGCCA